AUGUGGUUGGCCGUCAAAUUAUUCGGUUUAUUUCUGCUUCUGCAGCCUGGGCUCGCUGAUACAAAUGACCAAACCUCAGCGACAGUGGAUCGAGGCUCAUUCCAAAACCCAUCAUCCCGACUACGCCCUCGCUUCAGAUACUGGCUUCCAGACUCCGGUGUCGAUGCUGAAAUAGUUCAGCAAAAUAUCAAAGCUGCCGGUGUCCUCGGCGCAGGCGGUGUUGAAUUCUUGCAUUUCUACAAUUAUGGUGGCCAGUUGGCUCCUGCGCCGGUGGGGUCGAACUGGUCUCGGGAUGGAUUUGGAACAGAGGCUUUUCAUAGCAUGUUUCUGGCUGCGUUGCACGCGCACAAGGAGGCAGGCCUGGUGAUGGAUUUCCCGUUAGGUCCAAACCAGGGACAGGGUGUUCCCGCAGACCCGAGUGAUGAGGGCUUGCAGUGGGAUUUGGAACCAUUCUCCGUCGCCAUUCCCAGUGAUGGUCACUUCGAUGGAAAAGUCCCUGGCUGGGGUGCCGGUGAGCUGGUUGCACUUGUCUCAGCGGAAGUGUUACUCUCUACGAACAGUUCUCAUCUGCAAUUAACUCUGAAGAAUGGAACGUUGACGGACUGGGCUGGCAAAGUAUCAUCCAGUGGAAGUGUCUCUCUCGAUCUCCCGACAUCUCAAAACACAUACCGACUCUUUGCAUUUUAUCAAUUCCUCAGUCAUAACAAGAAUUUACAGUACAGUUCAACUCCAGCUAAGACCAUCUUUGACAACGGGUCUUUUGUGGUGGAUCACUUCACUGCUCGCGGUGCUAAAGUGACGACGCAAUUCUGGGAAGAGUAUAUACUUCCAGGUGGAGUGAAGGAAUUGCUUAUGGAAGUGGGCAACUAUGGCUGGGAAGAUAGCAUCGAGAUACUUUCUAAUAUUUCCUGGACGCCGUCACUCCCGAGUACGUUUCAAUCUAAAUAUGGAUACGAUUUGAAGUCAGUGCUACCGAUCAUCAUGUUCAGCAACAACAACAUCAACACACAAAGCACUGAGCCAGGUACUAUCGAAUGUCUCCUCAAUACUCCAGAUCAUGGCCUCGGCUAUAUCAACGAUUUCAGAGGUGCCCUGGUAGAUGGGUACCGGAGCUAUCUUGAAGAGUUAACACGUUGGGUAAACUCGGAGCUGAAUCUCCAAAUGUCAGCCCAGGUUUCGUACAACCUGCCGAUGGAUAUGGAAUCCAAUAUACCAUUCGUGAACGCCCCUGAAUGCGAAAGUCUCCAGUUCGGGAAUAGUAUCGACGGUUAUCGACAGUUCACUGGUCCGGCACACCUUGCCGGUAAACGUGUUAUUUCAAACGAGAUGGGCGCUGUCAUGAUGAAGGCAUAUCAACUGACCCACAGUGAACUUCUUUACUUUAUUAACCGUGCUAUCGUGGGUGGUGUCAAUCAGAUGGUAUUUCAUGGACAGACGUAUACUGGAGAAUACUACGGUACUACCUGGCCGGGAUAUACAGCCUUCUUAUAUCUGUUCUCGGAGAUGUACUCCGACAAGCAACCUUCAUGGGACCAUGGCUUUGGCGAUCUUCUGAAUUAUACGGCCCGAGUGCAGUAUCUUCAGCAAUCAGGUGUCCCGCGGACUGAUGUGGCAAUUUAUAACAAGGUGUCUGGGACUAAUCCCAGCUUUCCGACUAUGUACACUGCGAAUGAUCUAAUCGAUGCGGGGUACACAUAUUCCUACCUGUCACCAGAUAAUUUCGCUCUCCCCGAGGCCAAUGUUCGAGGCGGGAUUUUGGCUCCCAAUGGACCCGCAUACAAGGCUCUAGUAAUCACCAGCAACAGCAAUCUCACGCUCUCCGGUGUCCAUUACAUCCAAAGAUACGCUCGCGCAGGCUUGUCCGUCAUUUUUAGUGGCGGAGACCCUGGAGUCUACGCCAGCCAUGAUGACAGAGACGGUGCCUCCAUUCGAAAGGCAAUUCAGGCUCUCAAGAAGUCAGCGAACGUCUAUAGUGUCUCUGCUGGUCAGGUUUCUGCCAAACUCCAUGCUCUCGGUCUACGUCCACAAGUUGCGACACAGAAUAACGGGACAUGGUACACCACCUGGCGUGAAGAUUCCCAAACUGGCACGGAUCAUGCGUUUGUUUUCUGUGAUGUGAAUGCCUCAACUGGUACAUUGGACAUAUCCACUCACAAGACUCCAUUCUUGUUUGAUCCUUGGACUGGAUUAAAAAAGCCAUUGCUGGGUUACACUCAGAGCAAAAGCCGUGUGACGAUCCCUCUUUCCCUGGCAGGGAAUCAGACCAUCAUUAUCGGAUUCAGUGAAAAUGAAGACAGUUCUACAAAGCACGCCACCAAUUCUCCAUCUUCGGUAAUUGGAUAUGACACCCAGGGCAACGCCAUCGUCUCAGCCAGCAAUUCUCAGCAGUCCUUAGUCUUGUCCAAUGGCAAGAAAGUCAUACUGCCCUCUCCAAAGGUUGCAAGCUCAAUUGCCCUUUCCAACUGGACUCUCACUGCAGAGCAUUGGGAGGCACCCAGCAACAUUUCGGAUGCGUCCACCAUUGCUUUCAAGCAUAACACAACCCACCAGCUAUCAUCUUUAAUUUCCUGGCGUCAGAUUGAGGGAUUGACGAACUCGUCCGGUUUGGGAUACUACACCACCCAUAUCACCUGGCCACCAGUUAAGGGGUCUGCCGAUGGGGCCUACCUCUUCCUUCCUCCUAUUGCGCAUACAGCGAGAGUAUAUGUGAAUGGGCAUCAACUGCCACCUCUAGAUUUGACAGUCCCACGGGCAGAUCUUAGCACGUAUCUGAAAAAGGGCUCUAAUGUGCUGACUGUGAUCGUUCCGACUACCAUGUGGAACUAUAUCAGGAGUAUUGCGGAUGAAAUUGAGACGGUGAACGUACCAAUUGAUUCUCUUAUGGAUGCGGUUGGGUCUGGGCUUCCACAGGCGAUUGAUAAUGGGUUGAUUGGAGAUGUGAAGUUGGUGCCCUAUGUUGCUGUUAAAUUGUGA